UUAAUUGAUAUAUCAGACCACAAUAAUUUAAUUGAUAUAUCAGACCACAAUAAUUUAAUUGAUAUAUCAGACCACAAUAAUUUAAUUGAUAUAUCAGACCACAAUAAUUCAGUUGAUAUAUCAGACCACAAUAAUUUAAUUGAUAUAUCAGACCACAAUAAUUUAAUUGAUAUAUCAGACCACAAUAAUUUAAUUGAUAUAUCAGACCACAAUAAUUUAAUUGAUAUAUCAGACCACAAUAAUUUAAUUGAUAUAUCAGACCACAAUAAUUUAAGUGAUAUAUCAGACUACAAUAAUUUAAUUGAUAUACCAGACCACAAUAAUUUAGUUGAUAUACCAGACCACAAUAAUUUAAUUGAUAUAUCAGACCACAAUAAUUUAAUUGAUAUAUCAGACCACAAUAAUCUAGUUGAUAUAUCAGAUCACAAUAAUUUAAUUAAUAUAUCAGACCACAAUAAUUUAAUUAAUAUAUCAGACCACAAUAAUUCAGUUGAUAUAUCAGACCACAAUAAUUUAAUUGAUAUAUCAGACCACAAUAAUUUAAUUGAUAUAUCAGACCACAAUAAUUUAAUUGAUAUAUCAGACCACAAUAAUUUAAUUGAUAUAUCAGACCACAAUAAUUUAAUUGAUAAUAUAUCAGACCACAAUAAUUCAGUUGAUAUAUCAGACCACAAUAAUUUAAUUGAUAUAUCGGACCACAAUAAUUUAGUUGAUAUUUCAGACCACAAUAAUUAA